AUGGCAGCUCCAUUUCCCUCUCCUACCUCGACAUGGCACUCAACCGCGAGGGGGUCUGGCAUCGGGGCAGAGACUGCCCGGUACUUUGCCGAAGCCGGUGCCUCUCGGAUCGCCCUUCUUGGCCGCAGAGAACAGCCUUUACUCGACACCAAAGCCUCGAUUGAGCGGAGGUUCCCUCGCGUCGAGGUCUUCGUUGAAUCGAUGGAUGUCACAAACAAGAGCCAAGUGGAUGCGGCCUUUGCGAAUUUUGUUGGCGGCGGCAGACUUCAUGUCCUGGUUAGCAAUGCGGCGAUGAUUGGGCCCCAGGAUCCGGUGCAAGAUGUGGAAAGUGAACCAUUUCUCGAAAGUAUCCAGCAAAACCUCAAAGGAGCGUUGUUCCUUGCGCAGGCAUUCCUUCGUUACGCAUCGACCGACGCAGUCGCUAUCGAGAUCAGCUCGUCGGCAGCACAUCUGAAUUUCAGUCCCCGUUGUGCUGCCUAUAGUAUUUCCAAAUUUGCAGUAUAUCGAUUGUGGGACUCUCUGGCCUCGGCGAAUCCGAACCUCAGCAUUUUCCAUCUCCAACCGGGCCUCGUGGAUACCGCCAUGAGUCGGGAGACGGGUGGUGUCGCUGCCUUUGGUACCGAGGACAAUGUCUCUCUCCCCGCAAGCUUCAACGUCUGGCUGGCAAGCCCCGAGGCGCGUUUCCUAAAAGGAAAAUUCCUGUGGGCCAACUGGGAUGUCGAUGAGCUCAAAGCCAACGAAAAAGAGAUGGCAGAGGGUCCUCAGCUGAGUAUUGGGCUUGUCGGAUGGCCGUUUCAGGAAGCAAACUGGGAAUCCAAAAUUCAACUCUAA